GUGAUUUUUCGGCACGGCCGUGGCUGGCACGGACCGGGAAUUUCGUUGACGCCCGUCGUCCGUCGCCGAUUAGACGUGGGAGUCGGGCUCUUCCACCGCCACGUCCGCCAAAAAACCACGGAGGACGCCCCUUCCGCCGGCCGCCGGCGGUGUGCUUCAUGUUUCCGCCGCCAGGUGGCAGGCAGGUCGGCCAGCUGGCGGCCGCCGCUCGACCGUCCCGGCGCGUGCUGAGCCAGUGCGGCGGUGACAGGCGCGUGGUGUGGGGUGUGCGGUGCGUGCGGAGGCGUGUCUUUUGUCUUCAGGAGAACUGCCUGAUCUGAGACUCCAGCCAUGCUCGUCGACAGGAAGCGAUCGUCGCGGCCGGCGUCGGUGGUGGUGUCUGACUUUGGUCACCUGCGCACCUUCACCGACCUGGAGCGGGAGGCGCCUCCGAUGCCGGCGCCGCGGCAAAGCAGAGAGAUGUCGCCAAAUAUCCAGGAGAAAUCGGAGGACGCCUGCACCCUGAAGAAGGGUGUCAUCUGGUACUGCAAGGACACCCUGCUCAGCCGCUGGAACUGGAAAGAGCGCUACUUUAUCCUGACCAAGGACUAUCUCUCCUGCUUCAAGAAGGCCAAGAGCCAGUACUCGGACAUGGGCGGCUUUCUGUUCAAGCUGCCACUGGCCUCACUGUGCGGUGUCGAGUGGGACCGCCUGAGGGGCACCUCCACCGUGGCCAUCAUCGACCCGAAGGAGGGUCGCCUGCUCAUCCGCUCCACCCAGGACGUGCUGAACCAGUGGUAUAAGGCGUUGAAGAAAGCCACCGAGGCCAGCAAGGAACGUCGCCGCUUCCUGCGUAUGUCGAGCACCAACCUGUCGACUCUGAGCUCUGGACCGGGCACUCCGGCUGCUCUGAGGUCUUCCACGGCUCUCAGCGAUUCCAGCCCGGCCAUUGACCGUCUUUGCGAGAGGAUAGAGCGCGAGGUGUGGGGUGGCAGCGGCGGCGGAUCGGCCGGCCGGCUCAUGAGGCGACAGAAGAGUGAGCUAGAUGCCGGAAUGGUGCUGAGGAGACAGAUGCACUAUGCCAGUCAGAAGCGGCUCAACAGGCAUAGCAUGAUGCCGGAGGUGGAUAUCUACGAUACGAAAUCGAAAAUGCGGAACGACUCUCCGCGUCAUAGUGCCAACAGGAGACACAACGACUCGCUGGACUCGGCAGGACACUCUCCGUCCACCACACCGUCAAAGUCGUCCAUGAGCAGCACAGAGGGCGCUGAGGUGCUGCUGCGCCGCGCGGCCGCAGGUGGCGCUGGCGGCAGUCCCGCGUUCGCUCCAGAUGGCACCACCGUCGUGCUGCGCACCAGCUCUGUACGGAGGCGGGGUCGGGGUCGCGCGCCGGCUGGGGUGCACGGUGACCAGAUCAGGCCGCACAGCAUCCUGUGUGACACGCCUUCGGACCCGACUGAGGUGGUGCUCAGGAGAAAAGACCACGCCAGCGCCGUGCGGCAGGAGGUGAAGGCGCAGAACCGGCGCAGCUGCGACCUGUCGCUACUCAAACGGCGCUCUGCUUACCUGACCCAGUACGAGUACUGAGGCCGAGUACCGGCCGCGAAAACCCAGCUCUAGGCCACGAGCUCAGUACUUGGACGACAUCGCAGCAGCGGCAUGACUCAGUGCUCCAACUGGAGUGAUUGGGCUCAGUUGUCAGACGCCUCAGAUUGCGGAAGCUCGUGUCGGGACAUGGAUCUUUUCGCUAAUGGAACCUGGAAAACUACGACGGUCAGUUGUGUUUCCCGUGAAGUGAGCGACGGUGAAGGACAGUGCUGCCACCUGUGCUGCCAUAUGUGCUGCCACCGACGCAUGAGGUGUUACACCUGCUUUCCGCCGCUGGAAUAAUUAUGAACAUGUAACGCCUGCCAGUAUGAAUAUUUGUUUAGAGUGUGUGACGUGUGUGCAGUCAAUGCUGAGGCUCAGAUCAGCGGACCAGCUCAGUCUCAGUCUCAGUCUCAGUCUCAGCUCUGACUGAGGUCAGCGGAUCGAUUCGCUCAGUCGAAGCCAGUCUGGGGUCAGUUCAGGCCAAGACGGUCGCGAUCCCAGGAUGGCUAAGUAUUUAGGCUAAAUUAUCGGUUUCCCGCUGACGUACGUGACUGCUGUUUCUUAUAUUAUCUUGACGGACGUGGUACCUAUGUUUUGUCACAAGAGACGUUUAAUUGAUCGGACAUUUGUUGUAUCGGGACACAAUCACGACUUAAUGAUUUAAUCGGACAAUCGCCAAUGUAUUUACUAUGAUUUGUGUAUGCUUUUGGUAUGACGAAGAUGAUGGUUAUAUGAUCGUUUGAUGUGAUUUGGCAAUAAUGUGUAUGUUCUGAAUGUGAAACAACCACUUGCAGCUGUUCUCACACGAUAUAAUGCAAAAUAAUGGCACGUCACAAAUUUUGUCACUCGUCGUUACCAUUCGUUUUUAUUACGCUAUCUGGUAAACUACUGCAGUGUUCACUCUUUCACGGUAAAAGACCUCUGUAAUGCUGGAUAUAUGUAACGUCUUACUGAUCAGGAUAAUCCGUGUCUCUCUGGGUUUUGUGCUGAUGUGCUCCUUGUCUUGUUUGUCGUAUACAUACUCCGAAGGAAGUCAGAAAGUGAUAUAAGUUCGGUGUUGCCAAUAUACUUAUUGUCUUAU